AUGGAAAUCGUGCUGUCUGGCCGGCUCAAGAGCAUGUACAGCUGUCAUGCCAAGAUGCGGCGCAAGCGCGUGCCUCUCGACAAGAUCUACGACGCGCGGGCGCUGCGGGUGGUGGUGGGGGACGGCAACGGAACCCAACACGAAGCAGCAGUGGAGGCCUGUUACAACCUGCUCAGCGUCGUGCACAGUCUCUGGACUCCCAUUGGUGGAGAGUUUGAUGAUUACAUCCUCAACCCCAAGCCGAGCGGUUACCAGCCCGAGCCUUCCGCAACCCCAGUGGUGGAUGCAGGUGUGGUGCCCGAUGCAGGUGUGGUGCCCGUGGCUACUGUACCCCCGACUGCAGCUAUUUUGUCUGAUGUGGGGGAGGUGGAUCAGGUGGAGGGUGACUUGGAGGAGGAAGCAGAGGGGGAGGCAGCAGAGGGUGUUCAGGAAAAGGCAGUUGCUCGACUUGCUAGGAUGCAACUACCUAAUGGGAAGGUGAUAUUGGAGGGACAUCCUGCUUUGAGGGUAGAAGAUGGGAAGUUGCUAACCUCUGUAGUGUUUAGUACGGAAAAUGGUGGAAAUACUCUUCUUGUCGCGUCGAGUUUUUCCCUGCCUGCCCGGGAUUCUCUCGUGGCUGCCCGGAGCGGGCCGCAGGGGAAGCGGUGGGCGGCGAAUGUUCGUCUUUUUGCGCGGGUGAAGGAUACUUGGUGGAAUUCGCCUGGGCAUGGGGACUGGAGCACCGUUUUGGAGAAAUACUCGUUAUGCAGUGAUGGGAUAUACCAUAAAGUGGACCAAUUCGGCCGCGCGCAAUCCACUUUUAUACAGCUUCUAGAACUUUCGGACGAAGAGAGUGUAGAUUAUGAAACAACUGUAGCGGUGGCGCUUAUAGAGGGGUUAGCAGCGGCGGGAAUUGGAGGUCCACCCAGCACUGCUGCUGCAGCUGCUACUGGUGCCACUACGAGUAUGGGAGGAGACAGUGUCAUGGGUAGUGAUAGCAGCGGUAACACCGAUGGCAGCAGCAGCAGCACAACUGGUGGCAGGGGGGUUGAGGGAAAAGAGGCGCCACUCUCGUCUGCUGCAAGAAUAAACAACAAGGUUCGGCUUCUCCGGUCCAUGCUGCAAUGGGAGCGGGAGGUUCGGCACGAGGCAGCACCGGACGGCACCUUGGCUGAGGGGGAGGGAACAGGACAAGAAAGCCUAGUGGACGCUGUUGCUCUCAGCGAAGUACUCGUUAUAAGCUGGCCUGGGGGUGAGAUAGUGCGCAUGCCAGCAGGCAGCCUGGCAGGGGACUUUGCUCGCCUGCGAGCCAAGGCAGCCACGGGGGAUGCAGCAGCAGCAGCUGCCGUGAUCUCAUCUGAUGGGCUCCGCCUCUCCCUCUCCCCCACCACCGCCACCCCCUCUGCCUCGAGAGUGUCUAGUGGGUCCAGUGGGUUCCGGAGCUCUGGGGAACUGUCUAGUGCGGUGCUGGCCGGUAGGGAUAGAGGGGGCAGCGAGGGAUUGAGAAACAGCAGCACCAGUGAUAGCAGCAGCGGCAGCAGCAGCAGCAGCAGCAGCAGCAGCAGCAGCAGCAGCAGCAGCAGCAGCAGCAGCAGCAGCAGUAGUAGUUCUGGCAUCAGCAGCAGCAGUGGUGAUCCUGCUGCUGCGCUGCUGUGUUCAGCAGAGCUGUGUUCGGCAGGGGAGGCUAUCUUUGUCAACGGGAAGCGAGUGGAUCCCGGCACGCGGCUCAGGGAUGGGGAUCUGGUGGAGGUGCGCUGUGAGGAGGACCUGUAG